UUGUUUUGCCACCGACUCUCUCAAAAAGGUAAUAGGUGCAACAGAAGUUCAUUAAAAAUUAUAACUAAAAGAACGCAAGAGGAAGACACACUGAGAAUUAUAGAGAUAUUCCCUCAAAAUUAAACAAAAUAGCCCAUUUGCGUUUAUCUAAAAAAAAUCAUAAAGUCUACACGGAAAAAUGGAUUGUAAACACUUGAAUAAAUGUAUAAAAAUCGAAAAAGAAGUCGUAAAAUGUAAAAAGAACGAGUAUCAAGCAUCAUCAUCAUCAUCGUCGACAUCCAACACAGUUGCACAGACUAAUAAAACCUGGAAGUGUUCUGAUUGUGGAUCAGUAAAGGAGAAUUGGAUGUGUCUCAAUUGUGGAUAUGUGGCAUGUGGACGCUACGAUCAAGGACAUGCUUUGAAGCAUUCACAAAAAUUUACAGAUUCUCAUGAUAUUUGCAUUAACACGAGCAUCUUAUCUGUUUACUGUUACAAGUGUGAUGAGUUUGUAAUAAACGAUACCUCAAACAAUGCUCUUGAGUGGAUCCGUAAUGAGCUUCGUGACGAUAGCAUCAGUGAUGGCACAUGUUCCGAAACAUCUUCGACUCUGGAAGAAAUAAGUUCGACAAAGUCGUCAUCAAUCAGCCAAGAAACGGCAAGUACUUCGUCUUCGAUAUCAAGUGACUCAGGUUGGGGCGAUGAACCAACCGGACGCAAAUUGAGACCACGCAAAAGAACUACGUCCAGUGAGAGUACAGAAAACUUGGGAACUGUCGCGAAAAAAAAGAUGCUACGCCGCGUUGUUGGCCUGCGAAAUUUGGGCAAUACGUGUUUCAUGAAUUCAGUUUUACAAUCACUUAGUAACAUAGAGGAGUUUAGUUGUUACUUUAAUACGUUGCCUGCAUUGGAAACAAAACAAAAACGAGCAUAUCACUCGAGAAGUAUGAAGGAAAAUCUCGAUGAUGUUUUUGUAGUGGAAGAGUUGCGAAAGGUUUUACGAAAUUUAAGCAAAGGAGGGGAUGGGCACAAAGGAGCCAUCUCACCAGAAUGCUUAUUUCUCGUAAUAUGGAAAGUCGUUCCCCAGUUUAGGGGUCAUCGUCAACAUGAUGCUCACGAAUUCCUCCGAUAUAUGCUAGAUAGACUUCACACCGAAUUGCAACAAGUUUCAACAAUACAGGAACUAAAUACAAGUAAUAAGGAUAGCAAAACACAAUCAUUAAUGGUAAACUCUCCGACAUUCUCAAAUAAAAAUCGAAGUUCAAUCGUUACAAAUGUGUUUGGUGGUACGUUGCAAAGCGAAGUUCGAUGUUUGGUCUGCGGUAUGGAAAGCAAGAAACAUGAUCCAUUCCUCGAUUUGUCAUUGGACAUUCCAGAGCGAUUUUACAAGGAAGACGAUUCGGAUGACAAACAGCGGGUCUGUAACAUAUCCGACUGUCUAUCGAGUUUCACAGAGGUGGAGGAGCUCACAGAAACUGAGCUGUAUUAUUGCAACUCAUGCAAGUGCAAACAACGUUCAACGAAACGCUUUUGGAUAAGACGCCUCCCUAAUGUUCUGUGCUUACACAUUAAACGUUUUCGAUGGAACAACUUUUUCAGAACAAAAAUCGAUCUAAAAAUAAAGUUUCCGAUCCACUCGUUGGACAUGUCACAAUUUGUAUUGAAUAACGGACCCGAAACGAGGCGCUCAAAUUCAAGUUACAACGUAUAUGAUUUGGCAGCUGUAAUAGUUCACCAUGGAAACGGAUCCAGUUGCGGACACUAUACAUCAUUUGCAAUCAAUAACGGAGUUUGGAUGCAUUUUAAUGAUCACAGUGUAAAAGAGGUCUCACCUGAGGCCGUUGCAGAAUGUAAACCUUACAUUUUAUUCUACAUUAGAAGAGAACUUAACAGCAGUAAUAGUAAAGUAUCUUUAUGAGAUUAGCCACGUAAGACUGAUUUAAAUAUUAUUGAAAAUACUAAAAUAAAAAUAAACGAUACAUAAAAAUUAUUGUAUUAAAUAUCAUUACAAUAAAAAAAUAAAAAAAAAUAAUAUAAAAAGUACAGAAAACAUAAACUGAUAAAAAACAGAAAGAAUUUGUAAUUACGUUUGUAUUUUAGUUAAAGUAGCUUUUUAAUUUAUGUACCUACCAACCAUGUUUUUUUUUAAACUUGAAAUCAUCGACUAAAAAAAAAUGAUAAAUCUCCCGAAAGUAACAAUGCAGGACAAUAUGUUGCUGGGUUUUAAUCUGUGUGUAUUAAAUUUUGUAUCAGUGAUCAAAUAUUACUUUAUUUUCUUACGAUUUUUAAUUUAAUUAUCUGUAUUUUUUUCAAUUUAUUUAGUUAAUAAGAAUCUAUUUUUUGUACAAAUAAAGAAAAUUACUUAAAAAUUUCCGAUUAUAAAAAAUAUAACAUUACAACAAAAAUAU